GCGGAACAAUAGUGGGCCUGGCUCGUAGUUUGGUUGUGUGGGUAAGCCUUGAAUGAGAUUUUACGGGGUGGACCACAGUCAGAGCUGAUUUGGACUGGACUGAUUAUCACCACACCUCGUUUUUGGGACAUAUUUACCCAUAGGACACUUUCAUCCAAUUACAUUGCAUGGAAUAAUUCAGGAUCCUUAUCUUUUUCAUCGAUGGGAUGGCUUUGAAGAAACUUGAUUUCUCCUGAAACGUUUGCAAAAGUUACUGUUGAAGUGAAGAACUCAAAAGAUGGAUCAACAAGCAGCCGGAGGGGAGGACCCAAAUAAGCCUUCCAAAAAGAAAUCCAGUGAGGAUGAGAGUAAAAACAAAAAACUGAACAUACACAUAAAAACAUUGGCCGAUGACAUGCGUGACAGAAUCACAAGUUUUCGAAAGCAAGGCACGAAGAAGGAGAAGCCCCUCAUCCAGCAUCCCACAGACCCCCUCUCCACCUUUCAGACAGAGCUGCCUGUGCCCCAGCCGCUGUUCGACGAUCGCUCCAUGAACCUGUCAGAGAAGGAGAUCUUUGACCUGUUUGAGAAGAUGAUGGAGGACAUGAACCUGAAUGAGGAACGCAAAGCCCCCUUGCGUGGCAAAGACUUGAGCACCAAACGUGAGAUGGUAGUUCAGUACAUUUCAGCCACAGCAAAAUCGAUAACUGGGAGCAAAGUUGCGGGUGGACUGAGGAACAGCAAGCACGAGUGUACGCUGUCGUCACAGGAGUACGUGCACGAGCUGCGCUCGGGGAUCUUCGAAGACAAACUGCUCAACUGCCUGGAGUCCCUGCGUGUGUCCUUGACCAGCAACCCCGUCAGCUGGGUGAAUAACUUUGGCCAUGAGGGUCUCGGAGUGCUUUUGGAUGUGCUGGAGAAGCUGCUGGACAAGAAACAGCAAGAGAACAUUGACAAGAGAAACCAGCAUAAACUUAUCCAAUGCCUCAAGGCCUUCAUGAACAAUAAGUAUGGGAUGCAAAGGAUCUUGGACGAUGAACGAAGCCUCCUUCUGCUUGCGAGGGCGAUUGAUCCAAAGCAGACCGGUAUGAUGACUGAGAUUGUCAAGAUUCUGUCAGCUGUCUGUAUUAUUGGAGAGGAGAACAUUCUGGAUAAGAUCCUGGCAGCCAUGACCAUAGCAGCGGAGAGGAAUAAUAAGGAGAGGUUUGCUCCGAUAGUGGAAGGGCUGGAGAACCACGAAGCCCAGCAGCUACAGGUGGCGUGCAUGCAGCUGAUCAAUGCUCUCGUGACCUCCCCGGAUGAUUUAGACUUCAGAAUACACUUACGCAAUGAAUUUCUGCGGUGUGGCCUCAAGAAGAUUCUUCCAGAGCUGAAGGAGACAGAGGAGCUCGACAUCCAGUUGAAGGUGUUUAAUGAAAACAAGGAGGAGGAUUCCAUUGAGCUGUCUCAUCGGCUUGACGACAUCCGUGCCGAGAUGGAUGAUAUGGGUGAGGUGUACCAUCUCCUGUCCAACAUGGUGAAAGACACGGGUUCAGAACCGUACUUCCUGUCCAUCCUCCAGCACCUGCUGCUCAUUAGGAAUGAUUAUUAUAUAAGGCCUCAGUAUUACAAGGUGAUUGAAGAGAGUGUGUCCCAGAUCGUCCUUCACCGCAGUGGGAUGGACCCUGAUUUUGGCUACAGGGAAAGACUGGAUAUAGACUUAACUCAUCUCGUCGACCAGUGCGUGGAUAAAGCCAAGGUGGAGGAAAGCGAACAGAGAGCGGCGGAAUUCUCCAAAAAGUUCGACGAGGAGUUCAGCGCACGGCAGGAAGCUCAGGCCGAACUGCAGAAACAGGAGGAGAAAAUCAAAGGCCUGGAAGCGCAUAUCAACACUCUUCAGGCGCAGUUGACUAGUGAGAGAGGCAAGCUCAAAGAGGCAGAGAAAUGCAUCCGCGAAAGAGACGGCCAGAUUGCAGCGGGACCUGCAGCGGGCGGUGCCAUUCCUCCACCUCCACCAGGGGGCCUUGCACCUCCUCCACCUCCUCCGCCACCUCCAACUGGAGGUAUACCUCCUCCACCUCCUCCUCCACCCUGUCCGGCAUCUCUGGGACCUCCGCCACCACCUCCUCCGCCAGGGUUCGGUCCUCCACCCCCACCUCCUGGUGGAGGCCCACCACCACCUCCGGGCAUGCCUUCAGCUCCACCACCACUUGUCGUCCAGCUGCCUUACGGAUUGGUGCCCAAGAAGACCUACAAACCUGAGGCUGUGAUGAAGCGGGUGAACUGGUCAAAGAUAGUGCCUCAGGAGAUGGCGGAAAAUUGCGUUUGGCUCAAAGUCAAAGAGGAGCGCUUUGAGAACACGGAAAUGUUCGGCCAGCUUUCACUCGCCUUCUCUUCCAAAUCCAGAGUGAAAAAGGAUGUGGACGAAACAGACGACAGGAUGACACAAUUCAAGAAAAAAGCGAAAGAGCUGCGAAUUCUGGAUGGCAAGACGGCCCAGAAUCUGUCAAUUUUCCUGGGAUCAUUCCGACUGCCUUAUGAGGAGAUCCGGGAUAUUGUGCUGUAUGUGGAUGAAGAGAGGCUAAGUGAAGCUCUAAUCCAGAACCUGAUCAAGAAUCUUCCCGAGCAGAAGGAACUGAGCAGUCUGGCUGAGCUGAAGAAUGAAUACGAGGAGCUUUGCGAGUCCGAGCAGUUUGGCAUUGUGAUGAGCUCCGUUAAGAUGCUGCGUCCCCGGCUGAACGGUAUCCUCUUCAAGCUGACGUUUGAGGAACAGGUGAACAACAUCCGGCCGGACAUCAUGAACGUGACCUUCGCCUGUGAAGAGGUCAAGAAAUGUGAAAGUUUCAGCAUGUUCCUGGAGCUGGUGCUGCUGGUGGGGAACUACAUGAAUUCUGGUUCCAGAAACGCUCAAACCUUUGGAUUCAACAUCAGCUUCCUCUGCAAGCUUCGUGACACCAAGUCAACAGAUCAAAAUAUGACUCUUUUGCACUUUUUGGCUGAGAAGUGUGAAGAGAAGUAUCCUGAGAUCCUCAAGUUCCCAGAUGAGCUAGAACAUGUUGACAGCGCCAGCAAGGUGUCUGCUCAGAUCCUGAAAGCCAGCCUGGACACAAUGGAACGUCAUAUCCAGAGGCUGGAGAACGACAUUCAGAACUUCCCCAAGACUGAUGACAAACAGGAUAAGUUUGUUGAAAAGAUGUCGGGCUUUGCCAAGCAUUCCCGCGAGCAGUACGAGAAGCUUUCCACCAUGCACAAGAAUAUGCAGAAGCUCUACGAGAGUAUGGGAAGCUACUUGGCCUUCGACCCACACGCUUUCAGCAUCGAGGACUUCUUCGGAGACCUGGCUAACUUCCGCAACCUCUUCAUGGAUGCUGUGAGGGAGAACCACAAGAAGAGGGAGAUGGAGGAGAAGAUCAAGAGAGCCAAGCUAGCAAAGGAGAAGGCUGAGCGUGAAAAGCUAGAAAGACAGCAGAAGAAGAAACAGCUGAUUGACAUGAACAAAGAAGGUGACGAGACCGGAGUGAUGGACAGCCUCAUGGAAGCCCUGCAGUCUGGAGCGGCCUUCCGUGACCGCCGGAAACGAACCCCGCGCAACGGUGAUCAAAGCCCUUCCUGUUCAGCACCUCGGUGGCCGGGUGCUAACCAUGAUGCAGCCUCUGGGAAAAGCAGACAACCGUCGCACUGGUUUGGAAAGAUCCCGUUCACGCCACAAUGCAAACCCUAUGGUCCGAUGAUCGCUUGCCGGCUAAGGACAAGCUUCGCCAAGUGCCAAAGACACAAGAGUGGGGAAAGCGAGGAGGGUUGAACAGGGAUGGAGAGAGAGCAAAAGCCCCCGCCGGAAAGCCCUCCCCAUUUCAAAUCUAUACCCACCCACACGAACAUGCAUACAGAACGAACCUCAAAGACGCGUGCCACCGCUUACACUUCAUCGCAGGAUAACAAUGACCCUCUACGAAGCCUUACAUAAAUAUCAUUCAAUUGCUCUUCAUGCAUAAGACCCGUUCAAUUUGGAGGUGUUUAUUUGAGAUUUUCUGUUUGCUCGACUUUGUUUGUUUGUUAUUUUCAUGAUUGCGUCGGUUCUGUUUAUAUCUCAGUGCAUCUCAUGACGCAAACUCCACCGAUCUGGCUCACGUCCAUCCCUCUAUCUGCAAACAGUCAAACGAUUGGCUGCAGUUUGAUCUCUCGCUAUUGGAUUUUUCAACGCGCAAACACGAUCGUCUUGUUGACAACAAGCCAAAAGCGCCAGCGAGGACGGUGCGGUUUUGUAUGCAUAUCAUAGAAGGGACUUCAUCGCCGCUUCGAUUGAACAAAUCCUUAGCUUGAUUUGGUUGGCACCACCUUGCUUUUUAUUUCACAUAACAGAUAACAUUAGACGCCAGGUUUCCUCUCAUUUCUACAUCAGUCGCGCUCCGCAACGUAUAGUCUGUGCCCUUUCAUAUAUUACAGAUCUGAUGUAUGUAGCAACAUGAAAAAGCUGCUGAUUUUUAGCAUCAACGCUAUCGUGUGUACACAUUUGUGCCGUGCCAGCUGCCGCAGGGUUCCCGAAGUGGCUGAAAGUUAUUGCUCUUUAUCUACAGUAAACACUUGAAACGUUCAUAGACAUUUCUCCUUUCGAGUCAAAGGUUUUGUUAAGGGAAUCUGCUGGUGUGUUCAGCAAGCACGAAUCAAAGCGAUGCCAUUCAUUUCUGUUUUCAAGUGUGUCAUAGGUGUUCUCUUGAUUUCAGCUUUUAGUUCUCUACCGUAUGUAGGGAAGUAUUUUAGUGAACCGUUGCUUAGUGUUUGUUUUUUUAAUUCCUCGGCCAUUUUUAAGAGCUCUCAGAUGUGCUACCUUUCUGCCUGACCUUUUGAAUUUGUCGGAUUCAAAAAGUCAGACUGAAUUACUUCGCAAGACACGUCUGUGAAAUUUGUUACUGUUUUGAUUUUCACAGGGUCACAUUACAGGUAAAACACACUGUAUUCUUCGCUAUCACCUGAUCUUACAAAUUAGACUAACUAAGAUAGUCGGACAGAAUAAAAGGACUCAAAACCUCUCAUAUAAAACCAAUCCCAUCCGAGUAGAAUUUAUUCUAGAGCUAUGCAGCACGACCUGUGUGCUCAAAGCUCAUUUUAGCGGCAUUCUUUCCUAAUUUGUAAAAUAUGUAUUUAUUCACAGUUUGCCAGAUACAGCCCGAAGUCUUUGAAAUGUGAGCAUUAACCAGAUCCCAGUCCAAAGGAAACCGAAUAGUGACAUUAAAGAGAUGUUCACGACGUGGUGGCUGUCUUCCUGUGAAAACCAUUAGUGAAGUCUCUACCAGCUCCCCACACUCUUGCUUGUGGCGUGAGUAGUCAUUUGCCAUAAUGUUUCAUGCCCCCCGCGUCCAUAACACUGCAGGCAACUGUAUGUAUAGUAGUGUCUUUUCUCUUACGGGUGACUGGAGUAAUACUGCCUAACAUUACUGGUACAUGCCACACAAAAAGCAUUUUCAUCCAACCUCAAUAAAUGCUAUCUUUGGUAGUUUUGUUUAUGUAAGUGUAUAAGACUAAAGGAUGGCCGAGAACGCCCAUGCUUUUAAACAAAGCGCUGUUAGACAAGCUUUCUGCUUUAGUCUGUGUUUGUCGUACACUCUAGAGCGAGGAAAGGUCGAGAUGCGGCGUAUCGCAAUCCAUUGAUUUGCUUUUCUAAUUAAAACUGCCCUUUGAAUGCUUUCCAGCACAUCACAAUAGAUGCUGCGCUGGGCUCAUGCAGCUUUCACUACCGGCUAUUUUAAACUCGUGUUAAUGGUAAUUACAGCAUCCACAGGCUUUCGGUGCAAACACCUCCAACAUGUAUUUUUAUUUUCAAGUCCGAUCAUCCUUAAAGCCCAGUUGCAGUAUCUGAUAGCCAUUACCAAUGGUACCAUGUAACAAAAUAUACAGUCGAUGCUCGGGUGAAAAAUAUAUAGAAGGCUUACAUUUUGUUAAACGUGCCAAACAUUUGUUAUACUUAUGGUUUUUUUUUCUAUAUUAUUUUUGUCAUUAUUAUUGUUAGGUAUGAAGGGAGUGUAAGAGGAGAAUGCAGAUCAGUUCAAAUGGAUUUGAUGGAAUCACACUAAUUUGUUAAUUUUGUGAAGAAGAUUUAUUUGAAACAAGAGGUAGCUUGCAGCGAUGUGUCUCCCCAGAAAAACAGUUUAUCAUGUCAUCAAUUUUGCAAGGCUAAUGUCUGUGACUUAUUCUUCAAAAUCAUGUGUAAUUUUUAGAUGUUUUCCCCUAAGAAAAACAUUGUUUUGUACCAUGCAAUAAUCUUUUACCCUCCGUCUGUGAUAUUGUUGUUAAAUGUGUGUAUUACUGUAGGCUAAUAUAUGUGUCAUGGGUAUUUGGUGAGAAUAUUGUACAGUAGAGGAUAUUUCAUAAUGCAGGUUAGCAGCUGCAGGUGACUUCAUAUUUAAGUCAGAUCCAGGCUAGAAAAGAAAAUUCAAAGUUACCUGUGCCAAUCUGGGUCCUUUGCAGUGUCAUUUAUCCACAUUUGCUCAAUAUGCUCAGUUCAGAUUGUAUGAUGGUGCACUUUAAUUUGUUCAAUAUAAACCUGGAUCGCUCUUUUAAUUUUGUGAUUUCUUAGCAUAUCAUUGCCAAAAUAGACUGUGUGGUAACUGUUUUUGAGAAGUGAUUCGAUCUUCAUUCAGUUCAACUUCUCCACCAACCUCUCUCAUUCCUCGGCGCUUGAAACUAGAUCAUGAGUUACAUGAGUAAGAACAACUACAGCUGUCUCAGGACAUGUUUUUUUAGGUAGUGUAGUAAUCCAUUUCCAUUGUGUUUUAUUGUCUUUUAUGCGAUUUAUAUUUGUAACGUCUUUGUUAAUUUUUACCUGUAAUUAAAAAAAGGUGAAAAUG